AAGAACUUAACGAAGUGAUCUCAAGUGUAUUAUUAUAAAAAGUAUUUUAUUGUUGUAAAGAGAUUAUAGAAAAGAAAGGAAAGGAAAAAAGUAUUUAAAGUUUCUGCGAGAACAGUGAAGGACCAGAUACAUUGUUAACAUUUUAUAAAAAACUUAUUACCAGUAGAAAAUGCAACUCAAAAUGCUUGGUUUAAAGCUGGUGUUACUAUGGUUACAAUUCUCAAUGUGUUUUGCUUCGUAUGUUUUGUUGAAGCAGUAUCCAAUGCCGGAUUAUUUUUAUCCACGACCAUCAAAAUGUCAACCACUGACGAUACCUGUUUGUCAGACACUUGGUUACAACAGCACCAGACUUCCAGAACGUAUGUAUCUCACCAACACCAGACAGUCGGAAAUAGUCCGCUAUUUGCAGUUUUUUAAAGGCGAAAAGUGCUGGAGUGAAUUGUUAUUUUUCGUAUGUACCAUGUUCAAUCCAGUUUGUUUUAAAAAUCAUCCCGAAAGAGUUCUACCGUGUAAAUCUGUUUGCCAAAACGUGCAGCAUAAAUGUGAAAAAGCUAUGAAGAAAUUACAGAUUGACUGGCCAACUGAGUUGAGUUGCGAUAAUCUCCCUGAUUAUGAGACCAAAGUCUGCAUCAAACCGAAAUCAAUAGUCACACGAAAAAAGUAUGUUGAUUCUCAAACUGAUGUGCAAGAGAAAAAGUGUCCAGCCUGUCCACAAAAGAACAAAUUACGUCGCUACAAGCAGUUUGUAGAUACGCAUUAUGCAAUCCAGGCACAAUACAUGUCUAAAACGAAAACAGCUAAUGGAAAAUUAAAGCUGCGGUUCAAAAUUUUGAAAGUGUUCAAAUCAGGAAAAACAUUCAUGAAGCGAUAUGAAAUGAUUAAUCUGUGGUCAAAUUCACCAUGUUUAUGUCAACAGUUAGACUACGAUAAGAAGUAUCUUAUAUUUGGCCAGGAGGCUGUUCACAAUGAACUAUAUUCAGAAAGAUUGUAUCUGGACGAAAAAACCAUUAUUGUGAGAAAAACACAUCAACGAAAAAGGCUAUUAAGAAAAUGGAGAAGAAGAUAUGAGAAGUCACUGAAGCAGCAAAAAGAAAAACUGCUUGUCCUGCAGAACUAUGAUGAACCAAUUCUACAUCGUGUUUUGAGUUUGAACAAGUAUAUACCAGCAUCGUCAAAGUAAAGGUUUAGAAAGUGUGGCUAAAUUUUUUUUUAUACAUAUGAGUGACGAGAUUUUGUAUAGCAAUUAGUAUAAACACAAGUUUUAAAAAUUUAAUCAACGUCUUUGUAUAUAUGUAGAUAUGACAGAUGUGUAGCGUACCAUAAAAUUCCACAAAUAAACUGAUUGUCUUCCAUUUCCCACCCACAAUGCACUUGAUGAAAAUAUUCCUCACCUUAUGUUUGUGUCAAGCGCGAUAAAAUUUCAUUGAGUGUUAACAAAUUCGGAUUAUUUGAUGUUAAUUUUAUUAUUAUUCGCGUCAUAGAAAUUGCAUGGAGCGAUGAUGACAGUAAUGUUUUUAAUUCUUAGCAGCUGUAAUAUUAGAAGUUUCGUAUUAAUUAUUGUUUGAAUUGAAAAGCGUUCGCUUUCAGUGCGGGAGGUCUUGGGUUCAAACCUCGGCCGAGUCAUGCCAGAGUCUAUAACUGAGUAAAUCGAUCAUUUCUGCUUAGCGCUCAGCAUGGAAAUAGGAU